AUGAAUGUGAUUUAUAUCUCUUUAUUUUUUAUUUUUACUUUUCUCUCAGUUACUCAUGCACUCGAAUGUUAUGUAUGUGAACAACAAGAAGGAAAUGAUGAUAAAUGUAUUAAAACUGUUCGGAUGUGUCAAAGAUAUGAAGAUACAUGUGCAACAUUAAUUCUUUGGACAACACCUCACGAAUGGACACCACGUGGUGAACGUCGACAUUAUAUUUCUAAAGGUUGUGAUACAAGAGAUUCAUGUACUCGUCUUCUCUAUGGUUUGGCAACUGUCUGUACACGUAAUUGGUAUGAAGAUUGGGCAUGUGUAGAAUGUUGUCAAGGAGAUCGAUGCAAUCGAUAUGUUGUUCUCGGCUCAGAUAAUAUACGUAGUUCAUUAAUACUUCUCAUGUUUACACUUUUUGUUACAUUAUUUAUCCGUUUAUAUUAG